AUGGAAUCAACAGAUAAUACAAUCACAAGUAAUAGAAAAGGAGGUGUUUGUAGAAUAUGUUGUCAAAAGAUAAUACAUGAUGAUGACAACGACAAUGUAACACAACACCAACAGUUAAUGAACAAUCAUUAUUUAGAUUGUAUCGAUUCAUUUAAACAAUCGAUUCUAUUAAAUAUUGAUAAUGAUAAAGAUCAUCAUCAUCAUCAUCAUUUUCAUGACUUUCAACAAGACAAUAUAUAUAAUACAACAAAAAAGAGAAAAAAGAUUGAUGUAUCUUCAUCAUCAUCAUCAUCAACAACAACAACAACAAAUCAUUUUUAUUCAUUGUUUAGAGUAUCGAUGAUAUCAAUAUUACAACGUGAAGAUCAUAAUCAAAGUGUGAUGAAUCUAUUGAUGACUUGUAAAGAUGCGAUCAAGUGGAAGGAUACUGUAGUAUUCCCACGAUUACCAUCAAUCGAUACAAUUACAUCUUACAAGAGUAAUGAAAGAAUUGAUCAAAUCCCAAAACGAUACAAUAGAGUCUAUAUAAAGAGUGUCAGAGACCUAAUAUAUUUCAAAGAGAAUGAAGACGGUCUCAUCAAUCAUCAUUGUAAACAAUUCAUCUCGUUGAUUGAGGAUCCAAUCCCUCCUGGACUCAUUCCAGAUCACUUUACAAAGAUUAAAGUUGGUGGACCGAUAGAGGUUGGAUCAAUCCCACCAUUUACAACUCACCUCGCUCUUGGGGCGGUCAGACAAGAGAUGAAGAAACAACUCUUUCCAGAUACACUAGAGUUACUCAGUAUCCCAAAUGGAGUGGUUUGCAAUCAUUGCUCAGACACUGAUGAUCUCUUACCACACAAUAUAAAGAUACUUUUUAUCCCAUCUACAUUGGUUCAUCCCUAUCUCUUUAAUCUUAAACAACUCUAUUGUCUAACCAUUAUCAAAGAUAAUAAAGUUAAAGAAGAUCAGGAUGAUGAUGAUGAUGAUGAUAUGAAUUCAACAACAAAGGAUGAUCCAGAUGUUUGUAUUGGAUCUCUACCCAAUACAAUCGAACAUUUGUAUCUUGAUGAUUGUAUAGUCGAGAUGGGAUCCGAUCGAUCAUCAUCCAGCCACACUAUUCCAUCAAGUGUUAGGUACCUCUCCAUUAACCUAUCUGUCAAUUCACCUCAAUGUAUUCCUCCAUCUUCUGUGCAAUACCUAUACUUAAAGUGCGACCAACCUACCACACUCUUGGAAGGAUCGAUUCCUUCAACCGUCAAAGACCUUCAGUUGGAUGGAGACUUUACUUUGAGCGAUCGCUGCAUCCCACCUUCAAUCACUACAUUGACACUGAUUGAUUUUGAGGAGACUCCACUCGUUUCCGUUCUGCCACCAAGCAUUUCCAUACUAUUUAUCAGUGGAUUCAAGUGUCGAUUCGAUGCAAGGCUAUUACCACCAAACAACAACAUAAAGUAUUUUGGUAUUUACGGAGAGUAUGAUUUCUAUCUAAAGUCAUCUAUGCCACCGUCAACAAUUUAUUUUGAUUAUCAACCAUAUGGUUUAAACAUUUCUUUAAAAUUACUUCCCAAUGAUAUUCCAAAUGGAGUUACUCAUAUUAAAUUAGGUAAGCUAAUAUAUGAUAUAUAUUAG